AAUUUUAAUUAUUCGUACAUUACCUUAUACAUUGGAAGAUAUCAGAGCAAUAGUACAGAUUCGUGCAAAAACUGAGGGACUAACGUUAUCAGAAGAUGCUUUAAAUCAUUUGGCUGAUUCUGGCGUUAGGACAUCGUUGCGCUAUGUCAUUCAACUCCUUACGCCUGCAAGUGUUCUUGCACGUAUGAAUGGUCGCGAAAACAUUACUUUAGAAGAUAUAAAGGAGGUCGAUGAUUUGUUUUACGAUGCUAAAUCAUCUGCAAAAGUUCUUGCCGAAUAUCAAG